AUACACACACAAGUAACUUGCAAAGAAUUUAUACUGUGCAAAGUAUAAUUUGCAAAGAAUUGGAUGAAAGCAGGAGAAGUCUCAGUUUGUAUAGAAUCCUAGAUGAGGCUAUGAAACAUAAGCUGGGGUUGGCGGGGAGAAGAAAAGACGCAUCCUUGUUUGGCUGGAUGAAUAGAACUGCCUGCGUUGUCUCAGUGGAGGAGCCCUAAAUCUCAGGAUUAACACAGCUACCUAGAACCAGCCCUACAAAACUUCCCUGACUGCGAAAUGGUAGUCGCCCAGAUUAAGGUGUACAGACGAAGCGCAUAAAACUGAGCAAUCCGGCUUCACUCGCGAUGGACAGCGAGUCUCAGCCUCUCAGAGGCGCGGGAGUGGGCGUGACGCAUAUCGUACCGCACGGCUCACCCAAUCAAAAGGCGACAUUGGCUUUCCUGGCUUGUAUCAGAGUUUUAGCUGCCUGGUGAUGCUGGUCUUCCAGGAGCAGGUAAUUGAUGGAUGCCUGAAAAGAAGAAUGAUGCGUUGUUUGCUCUAAGCCAGUAGUGGCCUACAGCGUUCUCUUGCCUUGAUGUAUUGGGGAAGCUGAUUGGUGCUGCACACAGCAUCAGGAGGCCUGUCGCUGGUGGAGCGAAAGGUCAACAUUCUGUGGGCAGUGCUGGAGAAGACAAGUCCACUUGCCAUGGCUCUGACUAUUGAAACGGAAUCAAAGAUAUACCGCUCUCUCAGGACUGUCUUUGGUGCCACUGCACACCUCGUCUCCCUUGGAUUUACCAUAUUUGUAGCUGUGCUUGCCAGACCUGGAUCAAGUCUGUUCUCCUGGCAUCCUCUCUUAAUGUCUCUUGCGUUUUCUUUCCUGAUGACAGAAGCCCUGCUGGUUUACUCUCCAGAGAGCUCCCUGCUUCAGUCACUCUCCCGUAAGGCCAAGAUCCGCUUCCACUGGGCUUUGCAGCUGCUUUCGCUCAUCUGUGCGGUGUUGGGCUUGGCCAUUAUCAGCUACAACAAAUACCUCAAUGGGAAGGCUCACUUUGUCACCUGGCACGGCCUGACGGGCUUGUUAACGGUGCUGUACACUAGUAUGCAAUGCAUGGGUGGGCUUGUUCUGCUCUACCCGAAGCUGAUGAAGAACUGGACAUUGGCCAAGCUGAAGCUUUACCAUGCCACAUCAGGACUGAUUGGGUACCUCCUUGGCUGUGCCAGUUUGAUGCUGGGCAUGUGUUCCUUGUGGUUUACCACAAGCAUGACUGGAGUCUCCUGGUAUCUGACUAUGCUUUGUCCUAUCCUCACCAGCCUGGUUGUCAUGAACCAAGUGAGCAAUGCCUACCUCUACCGCAAAAGAAGCCAGCCAUGAAAGCCACCCUGCCACUGACAUCUUGUGGGAUCCUUGACAAAUUCCAGCACUGUCUUCAAGGAAUCGAUGGCUUAGUAUGGCCCUGUGACUGGAGAAUCUCUUUUUAGCUGUUUGUUACUUUGUGUGGUAUCUUUUAUCUUGACUUCUAACUUCCUGCAUCUGUUUAAAUGUGGGAGAUGCCUGUAAUGUUGAACCAACGGUCUUGCAUCUCCAGUUCCCAUCCAGCCUUUUCUUCUGGGUGACUAUAGCUGGAAAUCUGUCACUGCUGGUGCUGAGAGGAGUAGCCCAGCUAGAAUCCACUGCUGCUGCUGCUGCUACCACCUUGUGGAAGAGCCCCCUAGGCAAUUCUUGGCCCAGCCAGCUGCUGGAAUUGAGAAGACCCCCCCCUCAUCCCACACACAGGCACACGCCUCCCGUUAGCCUCUGCUCUAGAUGCCUGCUCCUAUUGGUACAGAAUUUGGGCUGCAGAUUUGGUGCAGGCAUGGGGAAUGGCUGGCAACACUUAACAUUCCUCCUGGAUGGGGAAAGGGCUGGCGUCUCCCUUCCCAGCUCCUUUUUAUAAAUAAAGGUCAGUAUUUGUUUUUUAAACAAGUGGGGAAAGUGGACAAACCAUAGGAAGUGUGCAGUAUUCUCCAACAGUGUUGUGAGUGAUUAGGCGACAUUAUAUACUACCCCAAACAGAAAGCAAAUUUGCUUUGGGAGGAAGGAAUUAGGUUUUUAAAAAGUGGCAGGGAGUAGGAAUGCUUAACUCUUGGCUUGCCUCUUGGUUUUCUGCUCAGAACCCCCCUCUGCUGCUGGCUUCCAAACGCCUGUCUGGUACUCCUAUGUCCCCCUCAACAUAAAGACGGUCACUUGAAAGGAGUUGCAAGGCGAUGCCCCAAAUAUGAGGGGAAGGACACUGUGAGGACAGCCCCUUCUUACCUGAACAAAAGAGAUAUUUAGUUCCUCGACUGAGCCUUUAGUUCACGAAGCCAGUGAGAGCUUUCUUUGCUAUCCACACUAGCAGAGCGGCUGUGAUGUGUGAGUCAGUGUGGCAGCAUUCCAGAUUGCCACCUCUUAUUGCUCCUAAAGGGAUGGCAGAGUAGACCACCUGUGACCGUCGGAGCUGAGGACAAUGGAAUGGAGAUGGGAGCAAUUUGCACCAGCUGUUGAAGUCCAGACCCAGACUGGGAACUGCAGGAAAGGUAGAAAGGUUCCAGUGUCCUCUGUGUUGUUGUGAUGGACUUCAGCUAGAGGCCUGCAGAGCCAGGGUUUGGGCUGGUACAUUCCAGUGCACACAAGCCUCCCUGUCUGCCCCCACUACCUGAUCAGUGGACUCUGGCAGCAUCUCUUCCUCUCCGGCCUUGCUCCCCCUGCUCCGUGUGAGAGAUGUGCUCCCUGUUGCCCUUCUGUCUCUGUCACGUGGCACAGGACAGGCUCUCAGCCCGAUCAUAUACAGCUUUUCUCAGAAGCAAGUCCUAGAAUGCCAUAUACAAGAAAUCGCAUUGAGCUGUGUGUGCUUAUAAUUUUAUUUAUGUACUGUUGCUUGCCUUGUGCUAAGAUUGGGCAGCGGGUGGUGGGAGGGAGGAGAGAAGAAACAGAAGAAGAAGCUGCUGCCGCCUUCCUCUCCCUGCUCCCCCCACCCCGCCACCUCUGGUCUGCAAAAGAUAGCUGCAGCUAUCUUCACAAAGAAGCUGUUUGUGAUUUGCUUGGGCAGCCACCUUAAAAGCAGAUGUUGCCCAACAAAUGGUGCUCCUUUUGCAACAAUAGCCCCAACAGUUGCAGAGCAGGUGGAUUGAGGCGGGCAGGCAGGCAGGGUGCAGUGGUGAUGACAAAAGUCUCAGUCCUUCGCAGUUAUCGCCGCAAGCCCCAGUGAAUGCAAGGGGACUUACUUCUGAGUAAGUGGGCAUAAGAGUGGGUUUAAUCAGGUGUGGCUUGUCCUAAUGAGCCUGUGUGUGUGUGUGUGUGUGUGUGUGUGUGUGUGUGUGUAUAAAACAGGUACAGCUGCCUCUCCGUCUGGGAGCUCUGUUUGCUCCUCUCUCUCUUUCUCUCUCCCCCACCUCACCCCAGCAUUAAUCAGAACUGUGGUGCCUGCAGGCUGGCCAUUCAUCAGGUAGAGCUGUGCAGGUUGGUGACUGAUCAACUUGUGUAUUAUUGGCUACAAGGCAUUUGCCCCUAUACAGUGUUUGUAGCAUGUUAAAGCAUCUUCGAUAGCCAUGCAUUGAAGGCUCUCACCUGCUGUGGCUUCUGGGAACUGUUCAAGGAAGGAAAUGUUCUCACCAUCAUUCUGUGGUGAGAAUAACUCCUCUUGCAAGGAAGGAAACAAGUUGGCGGAGAUUGGCCCUUUGUUUAGCAGGAGAGGAGAAAACACCAUGGCUGUGAGAAGAAGAGUUAAGACAUUGGCCCUGAUCCAGCUAAAGUUAAUCACGACUAGGACUGCAGUCCCAUGCACACUUAUCUGGGAGUAAGUUUGGACUUAAUUUUUAAGUAAACAUGCAUAGGACUGUACUGCAAAUCCCACUGAAAUAAAUGAAACAAAAUGACAUGUCUGGUUGAACUUCAGUUGGGUUGGGCCUUUUGACUACAACACUUUUCCUAAUAAAAUAAAAUAAAAUCUGGCUUUCGGAAUGAAACCUAGUCUAGCAAUAUUAAAAAUGCAGUGAGUAAGACUGAUAUCAGUGAAGAAGACUGGAGUCUUAGGCUUUCUCCCCAGAGUGGCAAGGGGCUUUUGGCUAAUGUCCUUCUGUCCUUCUCUCUCUCUCUCUGUGAUCUGCAGUGGUACAUGCCCUAGGUAUCCUAUGCAGCACAGCAUCAUUUGUUUUGGCAUAUGCUUUGCCAUGCAGUAUUAGGGAAAGAUCCCACUAGUGUGUAAAAGGGCUACUUUGCAUCUUUACUGCUGGAAUUAGGCAACACAUUACUUUUAUUCAGAAUGAAGUUGGCUUCCUGCUUUUCUUUAUAUCUGUGUGAGAACUCUGUGUCAUGUGCAAUUGGCAUUAUAAUAUGUCAGUAAGGAUGCUUUUCUUUUCCCCUCGUUACAUGCAGCAAUUAAUCUGGCUGAGAUUGCAACCCCUGCUUCGGUAUGAGAUGACAUGGUUUUGUCACACACAAGCAUGGUACUUGCUGAACCAUCUUGUGCACUGCCAAGUCUGAAACAGCCCUGAUAACCAUUGUUUGCAUUGGAUUGAACCCACCUUAGAGCCUGAUCAAAGAAAGGGAUUCUGUACCCAAGAGUGCCCUAGCAAAUAAAGCUUUUCUGAACAGCUCUAGUGGCUCUGG